GUGAAACCUUCUUUUUUUCCUAUUGCAUUUUCUCCAUGUAACCUCAAUUGCGCCUAAUCUCGUUUUCCCACCUCCCGUCCUCCCUUUCACCUACUCUGUGCAGCUGACAUUCGAAUUCAUUCCGUUUAUCUUCUAUCUGGGUGACCUGUCCCCGGCGGCCCGCACCAAAUUGACUUGACGUCAGUGAGCAGUAAGCAGUGAGCCCUUGAGGCAGUUUUCACAAGCCAACACGCGACCAGGCAUCCAACGGUCAGCAUCGCGGGUUUUCCAGUCACCCAGACAUCCAGGCAUCAUGAUUGUCACCCGGGCCAUUUCCGUGACCAACUUCGUGGUAGCCAGCUCCGCGCUGUGUUUCCAGGUCUUCGUGCUGUACCCGUGGCACAAAGAGCUGGACGCCGGAUUCGAGGACCUGAAGAAGGAGCACAUGAAGGUCCUGGAUGCCGUGGGAACCAAACUGAGCGACCAAGAGCGGUCGAAGUUCUCUGCAAAGCUCGAUGACCUCAAGCGACAGAGCUCAAGCCGGUGGUGGUGGUCCUAAGCAUCGCCAUCAAAUGUUUUGACGGUUCCCUUGGUCCGACAAAUGACCUCGACAUGGCAACCUAACACGGGAAGCGAUGCCCGAGCAGCAUGGACAGUCGUGCUACUAGCACAUGAGAUAUGCCGCAUUUCGCCCACGGCCGUCCAGAAGGGCCGUCAUGUCUAACACCUUGUACUAUUCUCGUUCAAUGAUGUUCUGUGCGACUAAGAUAAUAACAUGGAAAUUAUAUACCUCA